AAGUUCAUGAGCUACCACAAUGAAGCGGAUGAGAAGCAGGAGGCUGCUCCCCAAUCUCCUUUCGCGCCUGCCCAAACCCACCUAUCUGUCCGCCCAAAUCCGCCAGAGAUCCAACAUUUCUGCUGAAUCCUGCCAGAAUGCGGCGGAAUCCGCCGCCGCCGCGGACCCGGCACGCGCGGCGUCGCUCCUGGCCGAGCCGAACUGGUUCGCGCGGAUCAACUCGGAGUUCGCCGCCGCCCUCCAGCAGAUGGGCCCGCGCUUCGUCGUCCGCGCGCUGCAGCACGCCGCCGCGGAGCCGCUCCUCUGCGUGCGCCUCUACGUCUGGGCGUCGCGGUUCGGCCAGCACUUCGCGCGGGACCGGUCCGUGCGCCGCGCGCUCGGGGACGCGCUGUGGCGGCGCGGGCCCGUGGUACUCUCCGCGGCGCUUGUCGCCGAGGUACAGGGGUGCGGGUGCGUGGUCUCUGAGGAGCUGCUAUGCGCGCUGGUGGAGAGUUGGGGCAGGCUCGGUCUGGCGCACUACGCGCACGAGGUGUUUGUGCAAAUGCCGCGCCUGGGGCUGCAGCCCAGCACGAUGGUUUACAACGCGGUGAUUGCGGCUUCGGUGCGCGCCGGCGCGGUCGACGCCGCGUACCUCAGGUUCCAGCAGAUGCCCGCGGACGGGUGCCGCCCGGACUCCUUCACUUACAACGCACUCGUGCACGGUGUCUGCCGGCGUGGGAUCGUCGACGAGGCACUAAGGCUGGUAAAACAGAUGGAGGGUGCUGGGAUCAGGCCGAAUGUUUUCACCUACACGAUGCUGGUCGAUGGUUUCUGCAAUGCUGGCAGGGUGGAGGAUGCGGUUGGUGUGUUGGAGAAGAUGAAGGAGAAGGGUGUGGCAACGACAGAGGCCACGUACAGAACACUGAUUCAUGGUGUGUUUCGUUCCCUGGGUACAGACAAGGCAUACAGGAUAUUGAGUAAGUGGCUUGAGAGUCAUCCUGCUCUGCAUCAUCAAAAUGCUUAUCACACCUUGCUGUAUUGCCUCUCGAAGAACGGCAUGACCAAAGAGGCAGUUGAGCUUGUGGAUAAGAUGAAAAAUAGAGGUUAUCCCCUCGGCAACACAACAUUUGGCAUUGUGAUCUCUUGUGCUUUGAAACGCUUGGAGUUCAGUUAUGUAUGUGAGUUGGUAGAUGAUUUCAUCAAGAAAGGUGGGAAACUGGGAUUUAAUGUAUAUAUUCUGAUCAUCAAAUCCUUGCUGAGCUGCAAGGACAUCUCAAAGGCACAGAAGUAUUUAAGUCAAAUGGUUUCGGAUGGGCUCUUUUCUAGUGUGACAUCCUACAACAUGGUGAUAGAUUGCCUCUCCAAGGCUGGUGAAGUGGAAAUGGCAAUGGAGAUUGUCAAAGUGAUGCAAGAAUCAGGUUUCCUUCCUAAUCUCGUGACUUUUAACACACUGAUAAGUGGAUAUUCGAAAUUAGGCAAUGUACAUGACGCAAAGGCUGUUCUGAAGAUGCUUAUGGAACUUGGGUUCAUGCCAGAUAUCAUUACUUUUACCUCCCUUAUUGACGGGCUAUGUCACACCCAUCAGCUGGAUGAUGCCUUUGCUUGCUUCAAUGAGAUGUCGGAGUGGGGUGUUAAGCCGAAUGUCCAGACCUACAAUGUUCUGAUACGUGCAUUUUGUUCAGAAGGGCAUGUUAACAAGGCCGUCGAUCUUCUUAAUAAAAUGAAAAUGGAUGGCAUUUGUCCAGAUGCAUAUUCCUUCAAUGCACCUAUUUUGAGUUUUUGCAGGAUGAGAAAAAUAGAUAAAGCUCACAAACUUUUCACUGCCAUGUUAAAAUAUGGUGUGGCGCCAGACAGUUACACAUACAAUACCCUGAUAAAAGCUGUAUGUGAUGAAAGAAGAGUUGAUGAAGCUAAGGAAAUUCUUCUUGCGAUGGAGUCAAGUUCCUGCAUCGCUGCAUAUCAAUAUACGUAUUGGCCAGUUGUUGGUGCACUUACUAAAAUGGGCCGUUUCAGUGAGGCAGGAGUGUUCAUCAGACUGUCAAUGUGUGAAUUAUAAUUUAUCAGCUACAUGCUAUUAAAUAAAUGAAUGCUUCCCUUCUGCAGUGAAAAAUGCAGAGUAUGCUGUGCUCAUCUUUGCUAAGUGUCCUUGAAUUUUUAUCUGAAGUGUUGGUUCCAAGUGAAGCAUCAGGACCUUCUCAUUGCCUUAAAGAAUUGGGCUCACUAGCAUGACUGCAUUUCAAGUAUUAUGCGGAUUUGCACUCCCCCUCAGAAAACCCAUUCAGGACAAUUUGGUCCGACGAUCCCCCAGCAACCAAUCUACUACCUCGGGAUACCCCUCGGGCAGCCAACCUCUGUAAGAUGCCACGCUUAGGCUAAACAGUCAGCAUCAUGCACAUGCAACAACAGAGGAGCUCUCCUUUGCUUGUUGCUUCUCAAGUGGUUCAGAGUUCAGACUGCGUCCAGCAUCCACCUCAUGGCCAAUGUUUUGAAUCACAGGGGAGCUGUUCGCCGUCAGCUGUGCAUUCUCCUUACAGUGGCUCGAUGUUUUCAAUCGCUGACGUGAACAUGCAUUUUUUUUUUAAGUUCAAGGAUCCGGGUGAUAUUCAUGGAAAAGUUUAAGAACCGCCAGUACAUUCUAUGUUUAUGGAUGCCCGCACAUUGCUUCCAAGUUCCCCACUGCGCAUCCGCUACCUCUUCAUCGGCAUUCUCAAGGAUGCUUCAUUUCUUCCCGAAGGAAUCCUUGGAAGUCCUUGCCACUCGACACACCUCCCUAUCGCAAACCGUGAUAGCUUAUCAGCACUCAACGACCAACCUGUGGGUUGUCGCCAUCGAUCGCCGUUGCGUCAAAGGAGUGGAAUAAGCCUAGAACAAAUUAAAACUGACGGCGACCUUUGGAGCCGGUUCCCACCUUGCUGUCAUGAUCAGGCCUCGGUGAAUGAACAGCGGCCUCCGUCGUAGUCGUGAGGAAAUUGCCCCGAAGGAGGGGACGCUUGCGACCUACAGCCUCGUUUACUCCUCCUCCAUAGGCUUUGGCCUUUGGCCCCACGCAUCUCAACGGCCAUGACUACAUUGUUUUAUUUGUCCUCUGAAUUCUGGGUGGUCGGGUCAGCAGAACACGUGCGGAUUUGCGAAAAGUCUCGCGCUUCUUUAUCUAAUUUUCCCAGGUCGAAAAUGACGCCCGUUGUUGCAGCUCGUCUCUCAGGAAUUUUCUCUUUGCCGUUGGAUGGAUGGAUUUGGUGGCAGGGCAGGUUCAUUGCACCCAAGAGGCCAAGAGAUCGGCGCAC